AUGUAUAAACGUAAUGAAGAUAAAAUCAUUUCCUGUUGUUGUUGGUUUCAGGUAUGGUUCCAAAACCGCAGAGCCAAGUGGCGCCGCCAGGAGAAGCUUGAGAGCGGGAACUCAUUUCCAUCUAUACGACAAACCAGAUCGCCACCUGACUGCCCCUUCUCCGGAUUCGGAAUGACUCGUGCCGCUUCCCCGAGCUUUGUCCCCGUACUCCCUUCAACUCUUGGAUCAAACUCCUCGUCCGUGUUGACAGGAACAAAUCUUCAGCCCUUCUCAUUGGAUUCUUGGAUUAGUCCUCCUAUAAUGGGGCCACCUUUUUCGUGUUCGUUGCUUGCUCCUUCCUCCGCCAGGUGUCAGAGUUAUGUGACGCCCUCAACACCGACAGUAGUAACGGUUCCCUGCUGUGCUACACUGAACGGUCUACCAUCCGAAAACCUUCCCGGUCCUCCGGGAAACUUAGGAUCCUCUCCUGCUCCUCUGAACUUAUCAGUGAGUUGCGCGAGCUUGAAAGGCAUUGACUCUAACAAAAUGGACCUUAGAAGUUCGAGCGUUGUGGCCCUAAGAAUAAAAGCAAAAGAACACGUUGAUUUGAUGGCCAUGAGACAAGCAUAUGUUUAA